UUUAAAGGUACAAUUAGUUGACUGAAAAUUUUUUAGGCUCGAUAGUUUAACUGAAAGUUUUAGUUGAGUAGAGUGACCAAUUAGAGUAUUAACCCCUUUUCACACCCUUCAAAGUAUUUUUAUAAUUUUUUCGAUCUUUGAAUGUAAGACCUUCAUAAAUUACUCCUAUGUUCUAAACAAAGUUUGAGAACAAUAUUAUGCAAAAAUCAAACAUCCACGAUCACAGCGAGAGAAUGUUACUUCUGAUUCAUCUCUUAAUCAAGAAGCAGUUCAUUCUUUGAAAGGCAAUAGAAAGUGGUUAUGUUGAUUCAAGUAGCCUUUUAUGUGUUUGAUACAAGUUCUCUGUACACUAUGAAUGCUGUGAAAUGGUACUGCCUUUCUGGUUUUACGUUUAUGUUUCUUGUUUCUUCUCCUCUUUUUAACAAUUCUUACAAUAAAAUCAGAUUGUUUUUUACAACAAACUUUGUUGAGAUAGAAAGAGAUUCCAUGUACAUUGUGACCUCUGGAUCGCGUCAAGUGGUUAUGCCAUGCAUGACGUGAAACAUCUGCAUUAUUGCCGAUUAUAAUUGUGUCAUACUUUAAACAUUUGCAUUCAUCGGUAACUAUGAAUUAGCGUACAUGUGUUAUAUCUGAGCAUCUAUUGACUUUUAGAUCUCUUCUUGGUAGUUGCUGUGAACUAAAGAUCGUGUUCAGACCACUAGUACCGUAAAUUGCAUGUUACUGGUAGAGUGGUAGCUAAUUCUGGAUUAGCAUAUCUAUGUAUAAUAAGCCUUCAUUGACUUUUUGUUUUGCAAGGUUGUUAACAUGUGACUAGAUGAGUUUACUAUAAUUUAAACAUUUGCAUUAUUGCUGAUUACUACUCCUAGGAAUUAGUUUACUUGCAUGUGUUAUAGCAGCUAAGAAUCCAUUGACUUGUUUGAUGCUCCUGGAUGUUCAGUAAGUAAUGUUAGAUGAGCAUAUAAUUUGAACAAUGCCAGUAGUACUAUAUAUAUUGCAUGUUAUAGCUGCAACUAUUUCAUCAAAUCUCAAUAUCAUCUUACUUCUAUCCCCACGAAUUCAUUCAGCUACUGCCUCCUUGUUUCCUUGUCUUAGCCAAUAAUCAUUAUUGUUAUUCUUUCUGAAAAACAAGCAAUAAUCAUGGUGGGUUUAGCAGACAUUCCAAUCGUGGGAAAGUUUGUGGAAAAAGUAUCUGAAUAUACAGUUGAUGCAGUGUUUCGGGGUUUGCACGACAUGUUCUGUUAUCAAACUCUUGUUAACAAUCUCAAUUCUGAAAUUGAGAAACUAAACAUCGAGAAGGAAAAGAUGUCCAGGAAAGUUAGGGAAGAAAAAGCUAAUGGGAAGGCAAUCGAACACUAUGUAGUAAAAUGGGAAGCCGAUGUGGAAAAGAUCCAGAUGAGUGGUGAUAAAGAGCCUGCACCUUCAUGCAGCUGCAUCCAGCAUCUGCCCAUUCCUAAUCCCAUCUCCCGUUUUCGAAUUGGUAGGAAUGCGGUGAAGAAGGCCGAGGCAGUAACUCAACUCACCAUUUCUGGAAGGGAACAUCUGAUUGGAGGGAUUGCAUACCUUCCAGAGGUUAUAAUCAUGCCAAAUUCUGAUACCACAUUCGAGGAGUUUCAAUCCAGAAAAGAUGCUUAUCAGAAACUCUGGGAUUCACUUGUUGGCGAAGAUGGCCAUCUGAUUCACGGCAUCUAUGGAAUGGCCGGAGUUGGAAAGACUCGCAUGAUGGAACAGUUUUGGGAAGAUGCCAUAAAGAAGAAGAUUUUCAAAAAGGCGGUACGAGUUAACGUAGGCAGUGAAAACGUGGACAAAACAAGGUUCCAAGAACAGAUUGCUGGCCUUCUAGAUUGCAAAUUGGAGUCAGAAGUUAUGGAAAAAAGAGCUUCUCAGCUGGAAAACAGUUUAAGGAAUGGGGAUAAGAUUCUUCUUAUAUUAGACGAUGUUUGGAGGGACAUUCGUUUGGACAAUAUCAUUGGAACUCCAUUUGACAAUGGUAGUAGUUCUUCCAAGGGUUCUAAAAUCCUCUUCACAUCUCGAGAGCAAGAAGUAUGCUUGGUUAACAAGUGCCAGCAUAUUGUCGAAAUCAAAACCUUAAGUCCAGAUGAAGCUUUGUAUAUGUUCAAAAAGAUUGUUGGUGCUGCUGAUUUAAAUAAUCCUCUACCGGAUGAAUCCCUGGUGAAAGAAGUUUGUGAUAAGUGUGGUGAAUUACCAUUACUCAUUCAUGCGGUUGGAAAAGCAUUAAAAGGCAAGCCUCACUAUUGGUGGAAGGACGCACAGGAUCAACUUAAGAAAGGCAAAUUUGAAGAAAUUCCUGGUGUUGAUCCCCAAGUAUAUACCGGUAUUAAACUGAGUAUUGAUUAUCUGCAAAAUGAUGAUGCCAAGUCAUGUCUUUUUCUCUGUUCCAUGUUUCCUGAAGAUGCUAACAUCAAUAUGAAGAUGCUGAUCCAGUUAGCAACAGGCUCGCAACUUAUACCCAGUGGAGAAUCAAGAGUACUUGCUAUGCUUGAUUAUCUCAAGAAAUCUUCUUUGUUACUAGGCACUGGUGAAAAUGAUGAAACAAAGGUUCAUGAUAUUAUCAGAGACGUGGCAAGAUCCAUAGCUUUCACAGAUUCAAAAUACGCAUUUUUACAGGUAACCUGCAACUCAAGGUACUUGCCCUCUAAGGCCAAUUAUAGUACCCGGAGAUUCUUACGUUUAGAUGUGGAGACUGGUGAUGUUGAUUUUGGCGAGCAUCGGGUAUGCCCAGACCUCCAUACCUUGUGGCUACAAAGCAACUACCAAACCUGGUGGAAACAAUCCAACAACCGUCCGCAACAAAUCUCAGGUGGCUUCUGCAGUAUGUUUGUGAAUCUCAGUUGUCUGAUGCUACAAAAUGUGGACUUUUCUUCGGAGCACUUCUCCCUUCAGCCUUUGGGUAAUCUUGGGACGCUUAGCUUAUUAGAGUGUGACAUAAGCAACACUGAUGCUAGACCUUUUCCCAAAAGUCUUGAAUCUCUUUGGUUUUAUAAGUGUAAGCUCCCACAGCCGCUGGAUGUAGCAAACCUGGAAUGUCUCCGAAAGCUAGAGAUUCGAGGAUCGACAGCUGUAUUGGUAAAGGAGGAUGUCAUAUCUAGUCUAUCCAGUCUGGAAGAAUUACACGUGUCACAUGGAUUCGUCCAUAGCUAUGACAAAUAUCAUAUGGAGCCUCUAGUGAAGGAGAUUUGUAAAUUGACUCGUCUCACAAGUCUACAGUUUGCAUUCUAUCAGGAUAAUACUUUUCAAGGUACAGAUUUAUUUUUUCAUCUAGACAAAUACAAUUUAUUUGUUGGUGAAGUGUUACAUGGGUAUACUCGCGUUGACCAAGACUGGGAAGUUCCAUUAACGAGGUCGAUUAAGUUGAAGGGCAACUCGAAGCCUUGGGAAGGUUUGAUGGCGAGGGCUGAACAAGUGAUUUUGGAGGACAGCAAUGUAGACGUGAGUAGCAUUUGCAGUGAUCGCAAUGGAGCAUUUAAAGACUUGAAAAUACUGAAGAUUCAUGGAUGUGACAACAUGGGGCAUCUAGCAAGUAUAUCACGGGACGGGAUUCAGGACAGUGUUCAAUCGGCAACAUGUUUUUCCAAACUAACCAUUUUGAAGAUUAAUAAGUGUUCUAAUUUGAAAUACCUCUUCUGCAACAACAUUGCAAAAACUUUGGGACAACUGCAGAAGCUGUACGUAGAUUAUUGUUAUUCUAUGGAAGCGAUCGUAAUGAGUGAAGGCACAAGUGAUGGAGAAAUCAUAAAUUUCUCCGAAUUAAAAUCACUCGAGAUAAGUAGUACGCCCAAACUCAGAGGCUUUUGCGCAGAAAUUUCCAACAACCCCUCUGCUCAGAAUUUGGCCCUUUUGGAUAGAAUGGCUGCAUUCCCUGCCUUAGAAUAUAUAUCCAUAUCUAAUUGUGACAGCUUGAGAAGCAUGUUCGCAUCUUCUGUUGCCCGUGAUCUUAAGAAGCUUAAGAAAAUGAUAGUAAAAACAUGCUUUGGACUGACAAGUAUAACUAGGGUUGAUGAACAAGCAAUCAGUGAUGGCAUACUGUUCCCUGAGUUGACGUAUCUAGAGCUAUAUAAUUUGCCAAAUGUGAUGAGUUUUUGGGGUUGUCAAAAUGGAAAAGCUGAUACUUGCAAGGCCCCGCUCAUUCCUCGACUCUCGUCAAAUGUUGUUCUAGACUCUCCUCAUCCCAAAAGUUUUUUUGAUGAUGAAAAUUUCAAGUCGUAUAUGCCGGUUUUAGAGAAUGUGAUAGUUCAAUGUUGUCAAAUUACAACUCUUUUCACCAUCUCUGUGUUCAGGAAAAUCCCACUCGAAACAUUAAAAGUAACACAUUGUGAUUUUUUGGUGAACAUUGUUGAGGAUUUAAGGGGUGAUCAGAUUUGUGACCGGAUUAUCACACUCUCUCGACUCACAGAAGUUUAUCUUAGAAGAUUGCCCAACCUGAAAAGGUUUUUCCAUGUUACGAAUUAUGAAUUUGAUAUGCCGGUUUUGAAGAUGUUGAGAAUUUAUGAAUGUGGAUUAUCUAGUACUCUUUUUACGCGCUAUAUGUUCAAAAAUCUCCACCAACUAGAAAUUGUGCAUAUAAGUGAUUGCGAACUGUUCGAUAGCAUCUUUGAGGAUGCAGUUGGUGAUGAAAUUGUGGAUACGAGUUACAGGAUCAUCACACUCAAUCGAGUCUCUACUGUAUCUCUCAAGAGAUUACCAAAGUGUAAAAGUCUUCUCUGUGGUGCAACUUACGAGUGUCAUAUGCCGGCUUUAAGGAAAGUGAAAAUUACUAAUUGUCAUGAUCUCCAGUUUCUUUGCACAUGCUCUAUGUUUCGAGAGUUCAAACAACUUGAAGAACUAUAUGCAAGUUGCUGUCUAUCUUUGGAACACAUUGUUAAAGAGGUUGGGCGUGAUGAAACCUUUGGGAUAAAUGGUAAGAGUAUCACAUCCCCUCGACUCAGAUCAGUUACACUUGACUAUUUGCGAAACCUCAAGAGUUUCAGCUACAGCAGGAGCUAUGUUAUUUUUAAUAUGCCCAAACUGCGGUACUUUACACAGAAUGGCUGUGAUAAUAUGGAAUAUUUCAGUUUCCUGGAUACUAGCGCCCCUUUGGUUUGUGUUAAUCCAGCCCGGUUCGCGACAGAGGUAUUUGAUCACGACGUGAACGAUUAUGUAAGAGAACGCGCAAAAACGAGAGCUGUUAGUUGAUUCUUGCUUGCUAGUAGUCAAGAAUUUUGCUAACAUUUGCCCACAUUUCUAGUGAUACAGAGUUGUAAAGUUUGAUAUGUUUGUCUUGUUGUUUGGGUUAUACAUUUUUCAAAAGCAAUUAUAC